AGGAGUUGGAGCCGGGCCGCGCCGCGGAGGAGGCCGCGCCGAGCGCGCGGCCCGCGAAGCGGCCCCGCUCGGGCCCGGCGCUGCCGGCGCUGGGGUACGGGCACUCGAAGGCGUCCCUGCGCGCCUCCGCCCGGUCCUUCGUCUACACCGCGGACCGCCCCUUCGACCCGCUGCGCUUCGAGGCGUGGGUCGAGGCGGGCAUCCCGCGCAGCGUCUGCCGGGCGAAGGGCCUCCUGUGGAUGCGGGGCACGCCGCGCCACGUGGUCUUCCAGCUCGCGGGCGCCCGCACCAACCCCUUCGAGACCGCGGGCGAUGCCCCGCCCGCCGGGUCGACGCUGGUCUUCAUUGGCGAGGCCCGCGCCCUGCGCGAGGGGGACGAGCGGGCGAUCGCGGCGGCCCUGGACGCCUGCCUCUGCUGAGCGGCGCCCCCCCCGCCCGCGGAAGGCACCGGCGCGCGUCCACUGCUGCUCCUCCUCCUCUUCCUCCUCCUCCUGCUGGUCUCGAGGGGAUCGCCGAUGCCCGGUGGUGGCCCUCCUCCGAAGCACCGGGCCCCCGUGCGCGGAGCGGGCAGGAGGCUACCGGUCGCGGCAAAACGGCCCUUUGCGGCAC